UAGUUCUAAUUCUCUCGUCACCCUUCAAUAGUUGAAAGUAGUAGCCGUACGUGCCAAUGGGCAAUGGAGGAUGUUUAAAGCAGAAUUCUGCAUCAAUCUCAAAUCAAGCUGCUGCAGCUGGUAUUAGUUAUGCACCUGAGGACCCUGCACUCCCAAAACCAUGGAAGGGUCUGGUUGAUGAUAAGACUGGAUACAUUUACUAUUGGAACCCAGAGACCAAUAUAACUCAAUACGAGAAACUUGUUGCCCCUGGUCACACAAGCUAUGCGCCAGUUCAUAAAUCUUUGAGUUCAUCGGUUCAGAAGUCCCCCCAAGGACGAUAUAAUGCGAAUGAUAAUGAUGACAGAUAUUCCAAAGCUAGCAAUGGCUCAACAAAGGCUUCUGUACCGGCCACCAGACGCAGAUCAUAUUAUUCACAGAGUGAUGUCGAGGUGAAAGUGAGUGUUGGAUAUGGACCUCAUACUUCCAAUGAUGCAGAAAGUAUUGCUGCUGGAGCCUAUUGCCAGUGUCAUGAUAUUUCUGUGACUGGAGACAAAGUCCCUCAACCAUUCACCUCAUUUGAAGCCACUGGAUUCGCUCCAAAGAUUCUUAGGGAGGGUUGGGAUGUCACUCCAGAUGAGGUAUGUCAGUUCCAUAGGGAGGUGGUGACGCCGGAUCUAGGACUGGGCAUGAUGUCGCAAAUGCGUUUUUCUGGUUCGACGAGCACUCAUUCAACGAGCACGUCUCAGUUUCCUUCAACAACAUUCUCAACUCAGAUUGCACAGCUCCAGGCGGAGUUACAGCAGACACAGCAGAGGGAGGCUGCUUUACAGGCUGAAAUGGAGGAGCGACGACAGAGGGAGGCUGCAAUACAGGCGGAGUUGAAGGAGUGGCGUCGGAGGGAGUCAGAAAUGGAAACUAGGCAGUCGGAGAUGCAACAACAGCUCACCCGUAUUCUGCAGUUCUUCCAAUCAUCCUCGAGGAUGUUCAACAGCCUUGAUGGAAUGUCCCCCCCUCCCCCAACCCCAACCCCAGUGAAGCUGGAUUCUGCCAUGGAAGUGGAGGAGGAAAUGGGCUCAAAAGAAGAGAUGUGAGUUUGGGAUGCCGAGAUUCAAAGGAAAAUGGCGCUGAUACUUUUGUUAAUACUGAUAUAUAAGCCAUACAGUUCUUUAAAAUUUCACUUUAUCUCUUUAGAUGUUAUUUGGAUAUUGCUGCUAUUGAUUGUUGAGUUGGGACCACAGAUAUAUAUUGGUGUGUGCCUCUUGUUACCCAAGAAUUCAUGUAAUGAGAAUUCUGAGU